GAUCCCCGUGUGGUCAGUCGCGUUUCCGCCCGUGGAGGUAGCGAGUCGGCGGGGGGAGGGGAGGUCGUGUGGAGCCGCUGUCGAUGCGGACUGAAGGGGGGGUUGGGAAGAAGCUGUAGUAUCCAACCCGAGCAACGAGGAGGAAGAAGAGGGAGAGAGCCCCGGCUCCCAGCACCUAGUGCGGAUAUACAAAGUCUGGAAGGCGCCCAGUGCUGUUCUCUGUCGGAGUUUGUGUCAGGCGCUCGGCUGCGGCGCUCAGGAAACACCGCUGCUUCACUUGAGGCCUAGUAGGUUUUGGCACUUUGGGACGUGUGGACGCGUUCUUGGCCCCUCCAGCUGGGGCAGGCCCGGGCCUGCCAAAACGGCAGACUUCCAGAGAUCGCUGGGAGAAGAGAUUAUUGGACCCUCACGGCCACAGGCCAGUCUAAAGGUUUCCUCAUGUCCGUGAAGAGUGUCUCGUCGCUUUGCGGCUCUCCGCCCUCGGUGUGGUCAGUCGCUGCGAUUCCGACCCCGUGAUUCUCUCCGACCGUAGUGCCGGACGUCAUGAGCAUUGUAAUCCCUCUGGGAGUCACCACACCAGAUACAUCCUACUCAGACAUGGCCGCCGGAUCAGACCCUGAAUCAGUUGAAGCUAGCCCAGCAGUUACCGGAAAGAAUAUCUAUGCAACUCACAAUUACCCAGGCAGCCAGAGCCACGGAUAUCGAGGUCUGCCAUACGCAUCACCCACUUUACAGGAUCACAAUUAUGGAGCUCCACCACCACCAACGCCACCCGCAUCUCCACCUGUUCAGGCUAUAAUCCCACGUGCAGAACUCAAUGGCGUUCACUCACCUGAAGACGAGGAGAAUUCUGGAGAUAGCGAUAGUUCUUCUGAAGGAGAGGGGAUUCCCAACUGGUGCCACUGCAAUAACUCUGCUGAUGGAUUUCUUGUGAAAUGUGAGAAAUGCAGGGGUGUAAACAGAGGAAAAGUUAUUCAGCUGAAUCGUCGGAAGCAAGACAAUGUGUCUGGGGGUGAGAGUAGUGCUACUGAGAGUUGGGAUGAGGAACUGUCUCCAUCAACAGUCCUUUAUACAGCUACUCAGCAUACACCAACAAGCAUCACACUCACGGUCAACAGAGUGCGGAGAAAUAAACCAAAAAAGAGGAAAAAAAGUACUGAAAAGGCUCGUAAUACCCCCAAAACCAAAAAAAUUAAGGCUUUUCGGGAAGGUUCCCGCAAGUCUUUACGCAUGAAGAACUCUCCUUCAGAUGCUCCCACAUUGGAUGAAAAUACCACAGAGGGUUGGGAGAACCGGAUCAGGCUUUGGACGGACCAGUAUGAGGAGGCAUUUACUAACCAAUAUAGUGCAGAUAUGCAGAACCUUCUGGAGAGGCAUGUACGCGCUAACAAAGAGCUGGUUGGCAAAGCAGAGAUGCCUGAAACCAUAAAGAAGUCCGAACUGUCUUGUAAUAACACGGUCGUAGGAUCUCAGAUGCAGCUUCAGCUGGGAAGGGUCACAAGAGUGCAAAAACACCGAAAAAUAUUGCGUGCAUGCAAGGAUUUACCAGUGAACACUCUUGUAAUUGAAUACCGGGGCAAAGUUAUGUUACGGCAACAGUUUGAAGUCAACGGACACUUCUUUAAAAAACCAUACCCAUUUGUGCUUUUUUACUCCAAAUUUAAUAGUUUGGAAAUGUGUGUGGAUGCAAGGACCUUCGGUAAUGAUGCUAGGUUUAUCAGACGUUCAUGUACACCCAAUGCUGAGGUCAGGCAUGUGAUUGCAGAUGGGAUGGUUCAUCUGUGCAUUUAUGCUCUUGCUGCUAUUGCAAAAGAUACUGAGGUCACCAUUGCCUUUGAUUAUGACUACAGUAACUGUAGUUACAAGGUAGAUUGUGCAUGUCACAAAGGCAACCGGAACUGCCCCGUUCAGAAGAGGAAUCCUAUUACAGGAGAACUACCAUCUCCUAUUCCUCCUCCACUAUCCAUAGGAGCAGAGACAAGACAUCGUAAAGCUCGGAGAAGAGAAUUGGAACAGCAGGGUUAUGUGGUGGAUGAAAGUGCUAAUCACCAGACUGAUGAAGUGGCCACAACUCCUGCCACAGAACCAACUGGUGACCAUGAGGCUGAAGGAUAUAUCACAGCUAAAUGUGAAGAUACUAAAGAGGAGGAGGUGGGAAUAGUGCCAAGGACAAGAAGAUCAAGAGAUGACAAGAAAGCAGAGCUUCCUCCAUUGGAUACUGUGGAAAGAAGAAGGCGACGUAAAGAACAGCCUGCAGAACAAGCUGCUGUUGAACCUGACACCCCUGCGGUUCCUGAAUUCCAGACAACAGCAGAUCCUGCAUCCCAAGCAGAUCAGCAAGAGGCAGAAUCUGAAAGUGCCAUGGAUGUUGAACUCGCACCCAAUCCUACCCAGGGUGUGAACACUCGGAGAUCAUCUCAGGCUCUGGAGUCUAAUGCAGAGAAACCUGCCCCCAAACCAGCUCCUCCAAAAUCCACCAGACCUCGCCCAAAAAGCCGCAUGUCUAGGUACCGAAGUGCCUCAGCACAAAGAUUAAGAAGGCAAAGACAAGCUGUCGCUCAGCAAGUGGAAUUGGCUCCCCCGGUACCAGAGGAGGGGACUGCUAGUUCUGCCACAACGGAGCCUGGGACCACAGAAAAUCUAGGCUUAGGUGAUGCACAGCAGGGCUCUGAGUCCCCUGGACUUACCCAGUCAGUGACCCUGCCAACCCGUUCUGGCCUUAAAUACCAUAAAACUAAAAAGUACCUAGUUACAGAGUGGUUAAAUGAUAAGGUGGAGAAGCAGGACUGCCCCAUUGAUCACCCUUUGCGGAUUACUACGGAUCCAACUGUUUUGGCAACCACCCUUAACAUGCUCCCUGGAUUAUCCCAUUCCCCUACCAUCUGCACCGCUCCUAAACACUACAUACGCUUUGUGUCUCCAUUUAUGCCAGAAAGGCGAAGACGACCUCCAAAGGUGGAUGGCACUUAUGGAUCAUGUAAAAAGCGCUGGAUUAAACAAGCCAUGGAUGAUGACUUCUCACAGCCUGAGAGCUCUGUACAAGAAAAUCCACAACCUUUAUACCAAAGCAAUGAGAACACCUCUUCCAGUGGUAAUAGUGGAACCAAUACAGAAAUUAAUGCUCCCUUCAAAAAAUGGAAGAUGAAAUACAUCCUAGAAGAAAAUUCAGCAAUGUUAUCGAGUCCUGUGCAGUUUCCUCCUGUACUUCCUAACUCUAUGACGACAGACUCUCUUAGUCCAAUGCAGACGACACCCAGCUCUUCCCUUCCUGGUGAAGAGGAAUCUAGAUAUGCAUAUGGACUAAUGUUCUCUCCAAUCCCCUCUCUUGCUGCUAGUCGUUGUAAUACUCCACUACAGUUUGAGAACAUAUCUUCCCCUGAGAGCUCCCCAGCGCAUAGGCCUGAGUCUCUGUCACCCGAGCCUUGUCUUCGAACUGAAACAGAUUUGCCAAAGGCCAGUUUUUUGGAUAUGUCCAUGGAGAUUUGCCAAGAACACCAAACCACCGUCAGCACCAGUCUCUGCGAUCUUGCUUCUCAGUCUCCAAGCACGUCUUUACCAUACAGCGGCACCUCAGAAGCAAAUGUUGUAGGAAAAGGAGGGGAAGGGUCAACGCUGCAAAGAACGUCAGAACAGACCUUCCGGACUGAGUUUAAUUUGAUGUAUGCUUUCUCCCCUUUGAACGCAAUGCCUCGGGCUGAUGGCUCAUUACGUGGGUCACCUCUUGUAGGGGAAAGAAAGCCUUCCCAAUCAGAAAUGUACUGUGGCUCUCCUGUAGAAGCCUAUUAUACUAGGCCUGUUUCUGGACUAUUGAAAGACUCUGCACCAGGAUCUAUGUCUCCCUGUAGUGAAAGGACUUGUGAGGGUGUAAGAUCUUCUCCUCAAAAUCCACCUCAAAGAAAAAAGGUGUCUUUGUUAGAGUAUCGAAAGCGAAAACAAGAAGCUAAGGAAGUCACAUCUUCUCCUAGUGGGGACAUAAUACGCUGUGUCGGCACUCCAACACGUCAAAGCAGCAAUGGGUCUAUUUCUGAUACAGACCUGUCAAGUGCUUUGCAACUUCAAGCCCCAUCUUCCCCACAAAGUGGCUUCUCUUCUCCCGUUCAUCCCUCUAUGCCUCAAAUUGAAGACAUCAGCCCUACAGAAAGAACAGUUAGCUCUUCCCACGGCAAGCAAACGGAGAGCAUCAGCAGCAGAUGGAUGGUUCCAACGUCAGUAGAACGGCUACGUGAGGGUCAGGGAUUCCUGGAGCGUGUUUUGAGAAGUGGAGUUAAGGUGUCACAAAAAGGCGAGAUGUCGCCUUCUAGAGAGAGCAGUGUGGACAGAGAGUCAGAAGACGGAGAUUCUGAGAUGGUGAAUGUGGCUGUUUCUAAAGGACCAACUGUUUACAGCCCUACUAGAUACAAUUAUCAGUUCCUGCAGUGCGAUAGUCCUCAGUCAGAGCCAAUCAGUGUCCUUUCCCAGAAUACCUCCCCUUUCCGUGGACCCACUGCUCAACCUGGUGGAUUUAGCUAUAGGACACCACAGAGGACAGGACAAAGCCACACAGAGUCCUCUGUUAUUUCAUCUUCUUUCUCAAGUCCUUCUCAUAUUACUUCCACAGACUCUUCCUCUGCUCAAAGCUCUGGGUAUUACAACAGCCAGCAGCUUUAUGGAAGCAAUGCCGGAACGUGUCCGCCAAGGAAAAGCUUCCAUCACAGAGGCCCCAGCCGUGAGGCAAGUCCAGCCCAAUUGCUCAGGACAGACUCUGUUUCCUCAGACUCACAAGCCAGUACUGGGGCUUCUGCUAAUUCCUCCAUCCCACAGGGGUCGAGAUCAGACUCGAGAACUAUAACAAUGUCAGGCUCCAGGAUAACUGCUGUGUCCAGUCCACAGCAUUAUUCACAACGCGGGUCUGGCGUUCACCAAUACCGGCUUCAGCAAAUGCAAGCCUCAGGAGUAAAAACUCAGACUGGCCUUUCCUAGGACUGCUACUGAGGGAAGAACAGGAUAGCACUAUCCCAAAGCCAUUCCUGGACCUAGAAAUGGCUCAGACCUGCACCUCAUGGACCUGGUGUGUAGGUCUAGGACUUAAACAGGCGGAGAUUAAAUCUUCUGAUGACAUCGGCUCCCUCAAUCUACACACUCACACUGCAAGAAAAUAAACAUCUUCGAAAUCCACAAAAUGAUGAAAAAGUUGUGUAGACCUAUAAUCAUACAAUUACUCGGUUUCUCUGUAUCACCAGAAACCACCUGUAGUCACUUGUGCAGUAAGGACGUUUAUAUGAUUUAAAUAUAAAAAAUGGUUAAAAUUAAAGCUGAAUUAUAAGGGCAGGGACAAGAGGGGCUGGGAUAAAAAAGCACCUAUAAAAUUGUAGCAUCAAGUUAUAACAAAGUUUAUUUUAUUUUUAUUGGUUGGGAGGGAUUAACCAAGAAUAGAGCUUGCUGUGUUCAUACUCUCUGACAUUCAGAGUCCUUCCAUUCCUGUUCUGGGCGCCACCACUACUGAAUGGAAUUAAUCUGUACUUAUUAGAGGAUUUCUGAAGUGAGAUUAUGGACCCAGUUUGAUGUUUCUUUUUUUUUUAUUUAGGGAAGGAGAAGAGCAACAUCUUGGCAAAGCAGUGUAGUAACUGGCUGUAGAGCGGUGUUCCCCAACCUGUGUCUCUCCACCUGUGGUGCUCAGACAGC